AUGGUUGUCGAAGAUUUAGAUGACAAAGUCGUUUUGACAGUAGGAAAUACAGGUAACUCUGUGACUAUUUUGAAAUUUGGGGCAACCGUCAUAUCAUGGAAGGUGGAAGGAAAUGAAAAGCUUUGGUUGAGUGAGGGUGCUAAGCUCGACGGGUCUAGAGCUGUGAGAGGUGGUAUACCGUUGGUUUUCCCUAUCUUUGGGAAACAAAAGGAUACACGUCAUCCUACUGCAAAUCUUCCACAGCAUGGGUUUGCGAGAAAUUCAACUUGGGAUUUUUUGGGUCAGACUUCAGAAAAUCCGCCGACUGUGCAAUUCGGUUUGGGACCAGAAAAUGUGGAUCCAGAGUUGUUGAAGUGCUGGAACGGAGGCAGCUAUGAUUUUACGUUAAUCUUGACGAUUCAGUUAGAAGAGGGAAAGCUCAAAACUGGUAUUGAAGUAGAAAACACUGGAAUAGAAGCGUUCGAAUUUAAUUGGCUAUUCCAUACAUAUUAUAAAGUCCCUGAUGUCACAGAUACUCUUGUUAAUAACCUAGUAGAUCAGCAAUGCUACGAUCAAUUACUUGCUGAGAGUUAUGUCGAGAAAUCACCAAUUGUUGGUUUCACAGAAGAAUUUGACAGGAUUUAUAAAAAAGUUGAUACCUCAAAAAUCUUUCAAAUCAUUGAAUUCGGUAAAGUUUUAACAAAUAUUGAGAGAUUUAAUUUGCCAGAUACAGUUGUUUGGAAUCCCUGGAUUGAGAAAUCUGAAGGGAUGGCUGAUUUUCUUCCUAAAGAUGGCUACCUACAAAUGUUAUGUAUUGAACCAGGACAUGUAUCAGAUUUUGUAAAACUUGCUGCGGGUAAAAAGUGGAGUGCAUCUCAAAAUAUUUCUGUAGGUGGUGAAAUCAAAGUACAAAGUAACAUUUAUUAA